GGUGUGUCGUUCUGCCUGGCAGUGCUGCUUGAUAGUGUAGUAGCUCCUUUUUUUUCUCUCUCUUCUCUCAAUCGCUCUUUUGUCCUUAACUUUCAACUUUCACACUCCCUGGUGCUACUGGACCUAACUUAAGGAAAACUGGACAAACCUAAGGAUUCCAUAAUUCAUGCCGAAGAGCAAUCAGCCCGAGGAGCAAUAAAAUGCAGACCACAGAUUUCGACAACUUGGAGAUAGAGCAGCAGUAUAGCAGCGUCAACUCUCGCUGGGAAACCACAGAAGAUGAGCUGGACAAUGAUAACACUUCUGCCCGAAUGUUCGAAAGGUCUCGGAUUAAGGCCCUUGCAGAUGAACGUGAAGCUGUACAAAAGAAGACGUUUACAAAAUGGGUGAACUCACAUCUUGCUUUUGUGAGCUGCCGGAUCUCCGACCUUUAUCUGGACCUAAGAGACGGGAGAAUGCUGUUGAAACUACUUGAAGUUCUUUCGGGAGAGCAGCUGCCAAGAAGAACAAAGGGGAGAAUGCGCAUCCACUGCUUAGAAAACGUUGACAAGGCUCUUAAUUUUCUAAAGGAGAAGAGGGUGCAUCUGGAAAAUAUUGGCCCCCAUGAUAUUGUGAACGGUAACCACAGGUUGACAUUGGGCCUCAUUUGGACCAUUAUAUUACGCUUCCAGAUACAAGAUAUUAUAAUUGAGACAAAGGAAAGUGAAACUCGGUCUGCCAAAGAUGCCUUACUCUUGUGGUGUCAAAUGAAGACAGCUGGAUACCCCAAUGUCAAUGUAAGAAACUUUACAUCAAGCUGGAAGGAUGGCUUAGCGUUUAAUGCUUUGAUCCAUAAACACAGGCCUGAUAUAAUAGACUUUGAAAAAUUGAAGAAGUCCAAUGCAAGACACAACCUGGAGCAUGCAUUUAGCGUGGCUGAGCGACAGCUGGGAAUAACACCGCUCCUUGACCCUGAAGAUGUUUUUACUGAAAAUCCGGAUGAAAAAUCCAUUAUUACAUAUGUAGUGGCAUUUUAUCACUAUUUUUCCAAGAUGAAGGCCCUGGCUGUAGAAGGUAAAAGAAUCGGCAAGGUUUUGGAUGGUGCUAUCGAGACAGAGAAGAUGAUCAUUGAGUAUGAAGGGCUGACUUCAGAUCUUCUGACGUGGAUUGAACAAACUAUCUCAGCUCUGACCAACUGGAAAUUCGCUAAUUCGCUCCUUGGGGUUCAACAACAACUCCAAGCGUUCAGUGCUUAUAGAACCACCGAGAAACCCCCAAAGUUCCAAGAAAAGGGAGAUUUGGAGGUUCUUUUAUUCACCAUCCAGUCCAGGAUGAGGGAAAACAAGCAGAAAGUAUAUGUGCCACCUGAUGGGAAGCUGGUGUCUGAUAUCAACAGGGCAUGGGGUCGUCUUGACAAGGCAGAGCAUGAGCGAGAAACGGCGCUAAGGAAUGAACUCGUUCGGCAGGAAAAAUUGGAGCAACUGGCAAAACGCUUUGACCGGAAGGCAGCCAUGAGGGAGGCCUGGGUGGCCGAAAACCAGAAUCUCAUUUCACAGGAUAAUUUUGGUUAUGAUUUGCCAUCAGUGGACGCGGCCAAGAAGAAGCACGAAGCUAUUGAAACGGAUAUCUUGGCUUACGAGGAGCGUAUUCAGGCGCUGGUGAAUGUCGCCAAGGAACUGGAGAAUGAGAGAUACCAUGACAUAAAGAGAAUCAACGCCAGGAAAGACAACAUAGUACGUCUUUGGCAAUACCUUCUAGAGAUGCUUCACGCACGACGCAAGAGAGUCAUGAUGAAUCUGGACCUCCAGACUCAGUUCCAGGAAAUGUUGCAAGCCGUUAGCUGGAUGGAUCAAAUGAAGGUUGGGCUUUUAUCACAAGAUUUUGGGAAACACCUAAAUGAGGUGGAAUAUUUACUUCAAAAACACGCCUUGGUUGAAAGUGACAUCGCAGCCCAAGAAGAUAAAGUGAAGUCUUUUAAUGAGGCUUUGGUUAAGUUUAUAGGUGGAGAUGGAUACCAGCCCUGUGAUCCACAAGUAAUUAAAGACCGGGUCCGUCACCUCGAACUCUGCUAUGAAGAACUUGUUAUGUUAGCAGCACAGAGAAAAGCCCAACUAUUGCAAUCCAGGUGCUUGUGGAAGUUCUUCGGAGAUAUGGAUGAGGUUGAGAGAUGGAUAAAGGAGAAGGAGCAGAUAUACACCUCAAUGGACUAUGGGAAGGAUCUAACAAGUAUUUCCAUUCUUCAAAGAAAGCACAAAGCUUUUGAAGAUGAACUGAAAGGUCUUGAGUCGAAUUUGCAACAAACCAUUAAAGAUGGAGAAACACUGAUUGCCAAGAAACACACGGGGUCACCCAAGAUCAAAGAACGAAUCGACAAAAUCAAAGUACAAUGGUCUCAGCUGAAAGAAUUAGCGGCCUUCCGCUUAAAGAUCCUGUGUGAUGCUGAGAACUUCUUCCAGUUUCAACUGGAUGCAGACGACCUGGCCGCAAGGAUGCAGGACACUUAUCGCAUCAUGCAAAGUGAUGACAUUGGACAUGAUGAACAUUCCACCACAGUACUGGUGAAGAAACACAAAGAUCACCUCGAUGACAUCAUGUUGAACAGGAACGUCUUGGAGGGUCUCAAACAUCAAGUGGAAAACUUUCCAGAAGAGUUCAAAAUAUCGCCAGAGAUAGACAGCCGGCAUCAAAAAUUAGAGGCACUCUAUUCUGAUUUGGCGUCCCUCGCAGACCUGCGCUCUCAAAAGCUUCAAGACGCUCUUGCAUAUUACACUAUUCUUGGCGAAAUAGAUGCAUGCGAAUUGUGGAUGAAUGAGAAGGAGAAGUGGCUGGAAGAAAUGCAGAUCCCAAGUUCGCUGGAGGAUAUGGGGGUCAUUCAGCAUAGAUUUGAUACCCUCGAUCAAGAAAUGAACACUUUGGGCUCUCAAAUUCAGAAUGUAAACAGUGAAUCCAAUGCUUUAAUUGAAAGCGGACAUCCCAACAGAAAGGAAAUAAAGCAGUGCCAGGACCAUAUGAACACCAGAUGGACAGUUUUUCAGGAGAUGGUGUCUCAUAGAAGAAAAGCCAUUGAUUCUGCACUUGGGCUCCACAAUUAUGGCCUUGAUUGUGAUGAGACCAAGAACUGGAUACUCGAGAAAGUCAGGGUGGUAAAUUCUAUACAGGACCUCGGGAAUGACCUAGCUGCCGUGAUGACCGUGCAGAGGAAACUAUCUGCCAUUGAGAGGGAUCUGGCAGCCAUAGAAGCUAAACUCAUUAGUCUGCAGGAGGAUGCUCAGAGACUGGCUGACGAUCACCCUGAUCAUGCCCAAGACAUUCUCGACAGACUGAUUGAUAUUAACAAUGUCUGGCAAGAUUUACAGAAGGCGUUACAAAACCAAGAGGAUUCGCUAGGGGAAAGCAGCAAACUGCAGAAGUUUUUGGUAGACUUGUAUGAUUUUGAAACAUGGCUCUACAGAGCCCAGCAGACAACCGCUUCAGAUGAUGCACCAAACUCAUUGCCAGAAGCAGAACAGCUACAUCACAACCAUCUGGCGCUUAAGGACGACAUUGAACGCCACAAAGGCGAUUUCCACGAUGUUGUUGACACUGGAAAUACGGUAACUAGCGGGCAAACAGAUCCUCAGUAUCAACAACUGGACCAAAGACUAAGAGACAUAGAAGGUGGUUGGAAUGAUCUUCAGAAGAUGUGGGACAACAGAGAAAAGUUCCUUUCUCAGUGCCUUGAGUUUCAAAGGUUUUUAAAGGACGUGAAGCAGUCUGAAGCCAUCUUAAACAACCAGGAAUAUGUCUUUGCCCAUACUGACCUACCCAACACACUCCAAGCUUCCCAGAACAGACUGAAAAAACACGAGGACUUCCAGACCACCAUGGAGAAUAACGAAGAGAAGAUUAUUGGGACCAUAGAAAAUGGAAAGAGAUUGGAAAAGGAAAAGAACAUAUUUGCCGAUAAAGCUUUGGAGAAAGUUGGCUCGCUUCAAGAUAGGUACACCAAGAAUGUGAACAAGGCGCAGGAAGUUUAUGUGUUACUGAAGGAUAAUUAUGACCUCCAGAAUUUCUUAGAAAAUUGUGAUGAAUUAACCUUGUGGAUCAAUGAGAAAAUGCUGACUGCUCAAGACACAUCGUAUGACGAAGCUCGGAACUUACACAGCAAAUGGCUAAAGCAUCAAGCUUUUAAAGCAGAACUCGAUUCCAACAAAGAGAGGCUUCACAAGAUCGACUCGGAAGGGAAACAACUGGCUCGAGAGAAAGGCCAGUUUGAACCAAUAGUUUCUGAAAAGUUACAGCAGUUACAUGCUCUGUGGGACGAACUGGAGUCAACAACCUUGAAGAAAGAGCAGAUCCUUUUUGAUGCCAACCGGUCUGAGUUGUAUGAACAACAACAUGCAGAUAUCGUUAAAUGGGUAAAGGAGAUGGAACAGCAGGUGGCAUCUGAUGACUACGGACACGACCUGACAAGUGUUAAUAUUCUUCUCAAUAAGCACAAGAGAAUUGAAGAUCAGAUAGAUCAAAAGGCGAAAGAAAUUGAGGAAGUUAUUCCUGUAGCUCAAGCCGUCACCGGAAAGCAGCCCGACGAGAAAGAACAAAAUAUUAAAGUACAAUUCUUACAACUUCAAGAGCCCUUGCAAGACAGAAAGAGAAAGCUUAAUUCUUCAAAGCAAGUACAUCAAUUGCACCGGGACUUGGAAGAUGAAAUAAUGUGGGUUCAGGAGAAGCUGCCACUUGCAGAGUCCAAGGAAUAUGGGAAUAAUCUUCAGACAGUCCAAAUGCUAUUGAAGAAGAACCAGACUUUGCAAAAGGAAAUUGCCGGCCAUGGUCCCAGGAUAGACGAUGUAGUUAAACGAGCUGAGACUAUGGAGGCUGAGCCGUACGUUGAUCCCCAACCUAUUGAAAAACAACGAAAGUCUCUGCAAGCGCUUUGGGAUCGUAUACAGACAGCGACUGCCACCCGAGAGAAAUCCCUUCACCUUGCACACGAGGCACAGCAGUACUAUAUCGACUCCACUGAGGCCGAGGCUUGGAUUGAUGAACAGCAGCUUUAUAUGAUUGGAGAUGAGACUCCAAAGGAUGAAGAAAGCGUGGUUCUACUGGUGAAGAGACAUCUAAGUCUGCAGCAUGGAGUGGAACUUUACGGGAAGAAUAUUAAGGAUUUGGCAGAUCAGUGUCAGAAACUCCUUGCUCUAGAGCAUCCUGACAGUGAACAACUAAUCCGACGCCAAGGCAAUAUAGAAAAGCAGUAUGCAGCGUUAAGGGAAAUGGCUGACGACCGCAGACAAAGAUUGGACAAUAUCUAUCACAUGUUUCAACUAAAGCGUGAAGUUGAGGAUUUGGAACAGUGGAUCGCAGAGAGGGACAUGAAGGCGUCAUCCCAGGAAAUGGGACAAGAUUUAGACCAUGUAACUGUGCUGAGAGAUAAAUUCCGUGACUUUGCCAAAGAGACGGGUGCCAUCGGGCAGGAACGUAUAGAUAAUGUAAACAUCCUAAUUGAAGAACUGAUAGAUAAUGGUCAUUCUGAAGCUGCCAAGAUUGCAGAAUGGAAAGAUAACUUGAACGAGAGCUGGGGAGACUUGCUGGAACUGAUCGACACCCGUGUCCAGCUAUUGUCUGCAUCUUAUGAGCUCCAUAAAUACUUUUAUGAUGGUACAGAGAUCUUAAACAUGAUCCAGGAGAAGCACACAGAGCUCCCAGAAGAAGUGGGUGCUGAUGAAUACACAGCCGAGUCCCUGCAUAGGGUACACACAGCCUUUGAAAGGGACAUUCAUUUUAUUGGAUCCCAGGUCCAGCUUUUCCAAGAUGUGGCCGCUCGACUAUACGCGUCGUACGCAGGGCAGCAAGCUAUGGAUAUACAGAAAAAGGAGAGGGAGGUUGUUGAAGCUUGGAAAGGCUUAUUAGACGCCUGUGAUGGCCGCCGGACUGAGUUAAUUAGUGCAGCUGAGAAAUUCAGGUUUUUCAGCAUGGUGCGGGAUUUAAUGCUGUGGAUGGAGAACAUGAUCCGACAGAUUGAAACCCAGGAAAAGCCAAGAGAUGUGUCUUCUGUUGAGUUCCUUUUAAAAUAUCACCAAGAACUCAGAGCAGAGAUUGAAGCAAGAAAUGCAAGUUACGCCAGUUGUGUUGACCUGGGAAACACGCUCCUGGCACGAAAUCAUCCUGCUUCCGCAGAGAUAAAAGAAAAGCUGGACCAGCUAGCGGAAAGGAGAGCUGAGAUGGUGGAGAAAUGGGACAAGCGCUGGGACUGGCUUCGUCUGCUGCUAGAGGUCUGUCAGUUUGCAAGAGAUGCCUCCAUGGCAGAAGCCUGGUUAAUAUCAAAGGAACCUUACCUGUCCACAACACAAGUCGGAAAUAGCCUGGAUGAUGUAGAAAAGUUAUUAAAGAGGCACGAAGCUCUUGAGAAGUCCACCGCAACGUGGGAGGAGCGAUUUUCAGCACUCGAAAGACUGACUACCUUGGAGUUAUUGGACAUCAGGAGAUAUCAGGAGGCUCAGAAACAGAAAAUUGAGAAGGCAGAUGAAUCAGACCAGAGACAAGACCACCUGGAGACGCACUUCGAGCACGACGAGGAAGGUGAGCAAGAGGAAACAACACAAGUUGGAAGUUCAACUGAAGAACCUACUCAGGUAGAAGAACCAGAAGAACACAGAUUGCCAAUUGUAGUAGAAGUAAGUGUUGUUGACACCCAGGACCACGAAGAGGAGAAGAGACACAGAGAAGAACAGAAGACAGAAAUUCCCAAGCAGACUGAGCACAGCGUCAUGCAGCCAGCCGUUAGCCAAACCCAAGAAGAGACGCCUAUCGUCCCAGAAGAGACGGGGAGUUCUGCCACCAUCCAGAUGCAGGGAUAUUUAGCAAGAAAACACGACCUUGAAGGGACACUCAAAAAAGCUGCCAAUAGGUCCUGGUCAAAUGUCUACUGUACACUAAAGAAUAAUGACUUAUUUUUCUAUAAAGACGCCAAAUCUUUUGCUAUGAAUGAACUUUUGCAAGAUGAACAAUCACUUCUACUAAGCAACGCAAGUUGCGAAGCAAUGGCAGAUUAUAAAAAGAAAAAGCACGUUUUCAGGCUACGGCUAGGAGAUGGCAAUGAAUGGCUAUUUCAAGCAAAGGAUGAGAACGAACGCCAGUCUUGGAUUGAGGUUUUAAGAAGUGCGAUUGCAGAGACGUCAGAUCAGAAACCAAAGUCACGAAGUCUGCCUGUCCCAUCCGCAUCUACUUCUGAAAGCAAGCCGGAGAAGAAAGAAAAAAGAUUCAGCCUCUUCACCUCGAAAAAAUAGCCUCCGUAUCAGCCGAAUCAGAGAAAGUACUGUCCUGAUCUAAAUAAAGACUUUUCGCACAGUCA